AACAUUGCUUAUUAUUAUUAAGUAUUUUAUUUUUAUGUCGUUCGCUCUAAUUCUGAAAGAACUAGCUUAUUUAUAUUUGCUAAUUUUGCGGCUGCGCAGUGCGCCGCACUAGCGCAGCAGCGGAUAAACUCGCAAUAACGAAAAUAAUAAUGGGUGAUCUUACAGAUCUUUUCACAUCACAAAGGCACCAGAAUUUAUUUUAUAAAAUAACAAAUGGUGGUCUAACCUUCUACGUAAAAGGUUCGGAAAAUGCUUCUAUUGGGCUGGCUCGAACACCGAGGGCAAACGGUUGUAUUUACUGGGUUUUAAUUGGAUGUAAAAACAGCUGCUUCAUAGUGAAUAAAGAACUUCGUUACAAAUACCGAGUGACACCAUAUAUAUUAUCAAAAUUAGAAUUCCGAAAGUUCUGGAUCUCAUGGAAUGAUGGGUACGUCAAGUUAGGUCGAGGCGAUGAUGAGCAUCCAAUUUUUUCACUGAAAAACUCUGUGCAAGAUUUACAUUAUGUAAAGUUUUCUGUGCUAGGCCAUAAUGUUUUAUACUGGAAGGUUUUUUUACCUCCUCAGUCACUAAUUGCCUCUUUAAGGCUGCCUGCGUUAAAGAAAGUGCAAGGCGGAAAACCACGUUGGGUCCUAAUGAAUAAAGAAUUGCCCGAAGAUUCGGUUAUUGGUGGGUAUGAAAACGAAACAUUAUAUAUAAUGAGAGCAUUUCAUGAAAACGAUCUCACUCCUGGCAAAUUUAUGCCGUCAAUGGGAAAGGGCUACGUAGCCUUGGGAGGAAGAAUGCACGAGAAAUGCAUGUUUGAAAUUCUUUGUGGAUAUGAUUGCGUUUGGAUUCCAGUCAUUAAUGAUAAAAUACCAAUACAAGCAAUUGAAGCUGGUUAUGCAGAAUUGGGACAUGAGACUAUGUAUAUUGGUCGUGCUUUAUGUGACGGAUAUCUUAUUCCAGGGAAAAUUAGACCAUCGCACAGUGUUUGUUAUAUUCCGUACAAUGGAAUCGAAAUAGCUAAAACAGUAUAUGAGAUAUUAAUUUAUCCCUUUAAAAAGAAAGAAUGCGCAAACAGUUUUUAUAUAUCAGAAUUGCAUGUAGUUUAUUUUAUAACAUGGCCUAAACAUCAAAAUAUAUAUUACAAAGUUACUAGCGAAUCGUUGCUGUUCGGCAUUAAAGGAGAAAGAAAUGCCGCUAUCGGUCUAGCAAGAGAACCCGGUAAAUGUUCUUACUGGAUCCUGAUUGGAUAUGACCAGCAGUGUUGGAUCAAAACAUACAAUAGAAGAACCUGUUGCAGUGUACAUACAAGAAACAUUUUGUCUGCAGCUAAAUACAAAACAUUUUGGCUUUCUUGGAGGAAUGGGAAAAUAGCUUUUGGCAGAGUUAAUAGUGUGAUUCCAAUACUUGAAAGAGAAACCGCUGUACCUAAUUUACAAUAUGUCACAUUUUCUGUCCUUGAUGCAAAUAACCCUCUAUAUUGGAAAUGUCAAUUGGCACCACCAAUUGCAAAACCACAGCUACUGAGGAUGACAGGUGGGGAACCACACUGGGUCAAAGCCCACGACCAACUUCCAGAUGAUGCUAUGAUAGGUGGAUAUGAAACAGGAGUUUUAUAUAUCAUAAGGGCACUUCAUAUGGGAUCAUUGACACCUGGAAAAUUUGUACCAGAACUCGGGUUGGGAUUUGUGCCUUGGGGUGGUGGAAUGCAUGAAAAAAAUGAAUUUGAGGUGCUUUGUGGAUACAAUUGUACAUGGAUACGGACAAUAAGAAACGAAAUACCAGUAGGAGCUGUAGAAGGUGGAUAUUCAGAAGAUGGACAUGAAAUUCUUUAUGUUGGUCGAGCUCUAUGUGACGGUCACCUUAUCCCAGGAAAAGUGCAACCAUCACACAAUUGCUGUUACAUUACCUAUAAUGAAAAAGAAAUUGCUUAUCAGGAAUAUGAAAUACUAAUUUUGCCGCACAUUAACCCACAAAGUGCUCAUGAUUUCUACUUGUCUGGUUCUGGUGAUGUUGAUAAUAUAAUUAUUAAUCCAUAUAGCAGUGAUGGUGAAAGUGAAGAUGAAGAAAUAUAUUUAAGAGAUGAUGAUGAAUCUGAUAUGUAUAAUAUAUUCUAAGAGAUUAUUUUAUAAUCAUAUAUGAAAUAUUUAUUAAAAACAAGCUAUUUGGAAUAUAUAUUUACAAUUGUUAUCAAUUAAAGCUUAAGAAACAA